AUGCCAUCAAUAGAAGAAGUGCAGAGGGCUAUCAAGAAGUUGAGGAAUGGAAAGUCACCAGGAAUAGAUUCAAUCACGGCAGAGUUGAUAAAGGCAGAUACAAACUUUUCAAAUUUUGAAAAAGCUUUCGACUCCAUCCACCGUGAAAGCCAGUGGACCAUCAUGAGGAAAUAUGGGGUACCAGACAAGAUCGUAAGAAUAGUACAGUUAUUUUAUGAAGAUUUCCAGUGUGCAGUAGAAGACCAAGGAGAGAAAGGAGAAUGGUUUAACAUCAAGACAGGAGUAAAACAAGGGUGCAAUAUGUCCGGAUUUAUCUUCCUGGUAAUUAUGGACUGGGUGAUGAGGAAAGCAGUUGGAAACGACAACAGAUACAAGACAAAACCACAAGAUGAAGAAACAAGCAGAGUCGGACUUAAGACCAACAAAGAUAAAACUAAAGUAAUGAGGAUCAAUGCAUGGAACGAGAAUACCAUCAAACUAAGAGGUCUGGACAUCGAGGAUGCAGAGCAGUUUACAUACCUAGGAGCAACAGUGUGCAAAGAAGGUGGUGGAAUGAAAGGCAUUAAAAGCAGACUUUCAAAAGCCAGGGGAGCAUUUAUCCGGCUCAAGCAUAUAUGGAACUCAAGCAGCAUCCCGAGGAAAACAAAAUUGAAACUGUACAAGGCAUUAGUAAUACCUGUCCUACUCUAUGGAUGUGAAAUGAAUAAGGGUGAUGAUCGGAUGGUAGAUGUUUUCCACAACAAGUGCCUCAGGAGAAUUCUCAACAUACAAUGGCAAGAACAUAUAAAGACGGACGAAAUAUUGGAAAGAGCGAGCAUGAGACCAAUUAGCCAGGAGAUAAAAUGCCGCAAAUGGGAAAUGAUUGGACACAUAUUGAGACAGGACAGAAACAACGACUGCAACGUUGCCUUAACCUGGGCCCCCAGAAGGGAAGCGGAGAAGAGGAAGACCGAAGAUGACGUGGAGAAGAUCAGUUGA